AGGAGAAAUGGAGCAAAAUGCAGCUGUUAUAGAUAAGGAGACUUUCUGCUGUUCGAUCUGUCUGGAUCUAUUAAAGGAUCCGGUGACUACUUCCUGCGGACACAGCUACUGUUGUGACUGCAUUAAAAUCCAUUGGAAUGAAGAGGAUCGGAGAGGAAUGCACAGCUGCCCUCAGUGCAGGAAGACCUUCAAACCGAGGCCUGUCCUGGCUAAAAACACCAUCCUAGCAGCUUUAGUGGAGCAGCUGAGGACGACUAGACUCCAAGCUGCUCCUGCUGAUCUCUGCUAUGCUGGACCUGAAGAUGUGGCCUGUGAUUCCUGCUCUGGAAGAAAACUGAAAGCUAUCAAGUCCUGUUUAGUCUGUCUGGCAUCUUACUGUAAGAAACACCUUCAGCCUCAUUAUGAUUCAGCUGCAUUUAAGAAACACAAGCUGGUGGAGCCCUCCAAGAACCUCCAGGAGAACAUCUGCUCUCGUCAUGAUGAGGUGAUGAAGAUUUUCUGUCGUACUGAUCAGAAGUGUAUCUGUAGUCUCUGUUUAAUGGAUGAACACAGAGGCCACAACACAGUCUCAACUGCAGCAGAAAGGGCCGUGAGGCAGAGAAAUCUCAAAGUGAAACGAGAAAGAAUCCAGCAGGGAAUCCAGGACAGAGAGAAAGAUGUGAAGCUGCUUCAACAGGAGCUGGAGGCCAUCAAGCACUCUGCUGAUAAAACAGUGGAGGACAGUGAGAAGAUCUUCACUCAGCUGAUCCGUCUCAUCCAGAAAAGAAGCUCUGAUGUGAAGCAGCAGAUCAGAUCCAAGCAGGAAACUGAAGGGAGUCGAGUCAAAAAGCUUCAGGAGAAGCUGGAGCAGGAGAUCACUGAGCUGAAGAGGAAAGACGCUGAGCUGAAGCAGCUCUCAGACACAGAGGAUCACAACCAGUUUCUCCACAACUACACCUCACUGUCAGCACUCAGUGAGUCUACACACUCAUCCAGCAUCAAGAUCCGUCCUCUGAGCUACUUUGAGGAUGUAACAGCAGCUGUGUCAGAGCUCAGAGAUAAACUACAGGACAUCCUGAGAGACGCAUGGACAAACAUCUCACUAACAAUUACUGAAGUUAAUGUUUUACUGUCAGAACCAGAACCAAAGAGUAGAGCUGGAUUCUUGAAAUAUUCAUGUGAAAUCACACUGGAUCCCAACACAGCAAACAAUUAUCUGUUACUAUCAGAAGGAAAGAAAAAGGCAACAGUGAUGGAUCAAAAUCAGACUUAUUCUAGUCACCCAGACAGAUUUAGUGAAUAUGCUCAGGUUCUGAGUAGAGAGAGUCUGACUGGACGUUGUUACUGGGAGGUGGAGAGGAGAGGGAGAGUUUAUGUAGCAGUCACAUACAACAAUAGCAGCAGAGCAGGAGAUGAGAGUAUAUUUGGAUGUAAUGAAAAAUCUUGGGCAUUAGACUUUUACCAAAACAAGUAUGUAUUCUGGCACAACAAUAUCUCAACCUCCAUCUCAGGUCCUGUUUCCUCCAGAGUAGGAGUGUACCUGGAUCACAGAGCAGGUAUUCUUUCCUUCUACAGCGUCUCUGAAACCAUGACUCUCCUCCACAGAGUCCAGACCACCUUCACUCAGCCGCUACACGCUGGAGUUUGCAUUGGUUUUAAUACUGGAGACUCAGCGCUGUUCUGCAAACUGUAAAAAAGUUUGGGUCGUGUUCAAUUUGAUUUUCUUUACUUCUUCAUUAUUUUUUCUUAAAAAGCUGAAAAAUAUGUUUAUCACUUGUCGGUUUUAGCAGUUGUGAUCUCAGUAAUAAAAUGUCAAAUAAUUCCCCAGGUUGAAAAGUGAAAGCGGUUAUUCUGGUUUGGACCUCUUUUGUUGAGACAAGACACACAUGAGGCAACAGAUAUUGUCUCUUUGUGGACUUAAGUUGAUUUUAUAUCUGUUGUUGAUUUUCAAUUAAAGAUAUUUCAGAAUAAAGCCAUGUUUCUUCACUGUUUAGCUCUGUUGGUGGUUGUAAUGAUUGAAUCCAGAUUUGUUUCAAACUUUUUAGAGCUAUUUUUGAUGUGAUCACUAUUUUCUAUGUUUUUUGACCCUUGUGUUCUCAUCAGUCUUUAUGAGUUUUAGCAAAGGGAUGGUACAGGGAUACACCGAAAGAUGCCUUUAUUUUACAAUGUAUUUUUUACCAUAGUUAUUGUCAUGCUCUUCUGUCUAUGCUCUGUCUAUGCUUUCUAUGCUCUUUGUA